CAGUGCUGAAAUCUCCUUCUCCACGACGGCAAUAUGUUCUACUCUCAUCAGCUUCUUGCUCGCAAAGCUCCGCUCGGCCAAAUAUGGAAGGCGGCCACUCUACACUCGAAACUCAAUAGGAAAAAGCUUAGUAAACUCAAUAUUAUUAACAUCUGUGAACAAAUCUUGAAUCCAUCUGUCCCGAUGGCUCUGAGGCUCUCUGGAAUUCUCAUGGGUGGGGUAGUCAUUGUUUACGAACGCAAAGUGAAACUCCUCUACGAGGAUGUGACUCGUCUCAUGGUGCAAAUUAAUGAAGCUUGGAAGGUCAAAGCAACUACCGAUCCUACGUUACUUCCCAAGGGUAAAUCGCAAGCCAAGUAUGCAGCUGUUACUCUGCCAGAGAAUCGGGAGGAAGAACUCCCUGAGAUUGAACAGACGUUACGAAAUCCAGACACAGUCACAAUGAUGGAUUUCGAACAAACCUCCUAUUUCACGAUGAGACUAGAUAAUGCUGAUCUCUAUGAUAAACCCAAUGCACAGGAGGAACCUGCCAAGGACUUGCAUCAAGUUGAUCCAGAUAAUAUCACCCUCGCUGAACACUUUGAAUCCCAUCAUACAGAUAUGUUCAAUCAUUUUGAGAGGUUUGAUAUUGAAGGGGAUGAAGAAACACAAAUGAAUUAUACCCAGCCAGAGGAUGCCCAAAUCCCAAGUACUCCUGUGCCAUCUCCACCUCGAGAACAUGCCCAUCAACCUGAUGAGAUCCCUGACAGACAUCCAGAGGACCAAGUGAAGCAACAAUCUGAUGAAGUUGAAGAAGCUUUUGAGCAGCGGCAGGAUCAACAAAGGCCAAAGCCAGCUCGACGAAGAGCAAGAAAGGCCGCAAGUCUUGCAAUUGAUCAUGAGCAAACUAUUAUUUCUGGUGACAUAUAUCAAUCCUGGCUUCAGAGUUCUUCAGAUAUUGCAUCAAGAAAAAGGAAAAAGAGAAAGACUUUGAGUGUCUUGCCUUCUAUGAAGAUAGCCAGAAUGAUGGAAAUGCCUCCUAUUGCACUACUAGAAGGAUUGUUCACAAAUGGAAAUAAGGAAGUUCACUAUCCAGCACCACUCCUAAAAUUAUGGAUGAGGAAUACCCAACCUCCGCAUGAUUCACCUUCUGGAAAGACCUCUCCACCCUAUCCUCCUGAAUCAUCCUAUACAUCUCCAGGUGAAAGGAUGGGUAAUUUGGAACCUCCUUUCGAAUAUUUCCAAAGUGGUGUAGGCUCCCCAGCAGUAGGAAUCUCUAUAGAAAAACAAAGGGCAAAUCUCAACAAUAACAAGAUUCCACCUGAAAUUCUCAUGGAGGACCUCAGAACCAAUCUUACAAACAUGGGACUGCAUCCAACAGAGGCUAAUGGAGUGAGAGAGACUGAUCACAUGGCCACACCUGGCUCUGCUGAUGAGCCUAGAUCCAUUCCAAGCUCAGGAUCUGGUCAUGGUGUACUAUCACAGAAUUCUGUAACCAAUUCAAGCCGGUCCAACAAGAAAAGACCCCAUUCUUCAUCGAAGCACAGUGGCAAUGGUCUUCAACCAGUAGCAGAAGAGAACCCAUGGCACGACCCCACUCCAAAUUUCAAGUUGACUAGAUUAUCUGAACUAUCUGAAAAUGGUUUUACACAAGACAACGAGAUAUUGAUGGAAACCGGACCAACACAAACCCAACAUCCAUUCAUUACUCAACCUCUUGACAUGAUGACCGACUCUAUUAGGAUGCAGCUAAAGAGUCAUUUUGACACUCCCGGAUCAGCCGAAGCAGAAUGUUUGAAUGAACUAACUCUUGGGAUGUCAAAGAAACAAGCAGCAUGUCUUUUUUAUCAGACUUGUGUUCUGGCCACUCGAGACUUCAUAAAAGUCGAACAGGAGCUUCCAUAUGGAAACAUCCUCAUUUCCAGAGGUGCAAAGAUGUGACAACGGAUAAAUCGAGAAGAUGCUAAGCCCUCAUAAGUCUUGUA